AUGUCAUCCACCAAACGGUUGAAGAGAAAUCCGACUAUAGUAUGUUAUAGAGAUGUACAAGAACUAGUUAUCCUAAAAGACUGGUUAUAUAAUUUUGAUGAUUCCAGAGAUAAUAGAUAUCGAGCGAUCCAGAAAGUAAAAGCAUUAUCAUCUAGAGGGAAACUACCACAUGCAAUAGAGUCGACAUCAUUGUUAACUUCUAUCAUAUUAACUGACCCCAGCGAAGGAGGGUCUAACAAUGACUCGAAUGUUCUACAAUUAUCUUAUACGAUGGCUCUCAUCAGAUUUGUUAAUGGGUUGCUAGAUCCAUUUCAACAGUCGAAUUUUGCGAUACCACUACACCAGUUAGCAAAAAACCUUAAUCUUCCUAGUUUCUUUGUUGAAUUAAGACAUAUGGGGACACAUGAGUCAUUACCCAAUUUAAAUAUUUUGAGAAUAGCAAGUAGACAGGCUUUAAAUUGGUUGUACGAUAAUUACUGGAAUCACGUCGAAGAGACAGACGACUUGGAAGAUUCCGAAGAUAAUGAAGGUGAAAAAUUAGAGAUAAAUAGAGUCACACCCAUUAUUGAGUCUUGCAUUACAAAUUUGAAAGUUUUCAAGAAAAUUCGGAAGCAGGAUUUAAGUCUAGUAAUUAAAUUUGGAAAUUCCUCAGAGUCAGGCAUAAAAUAUUGGAAAGCAAUUGGUAAUCUAAAGGGUCGUUUACUAGGAGACCCAGAAGUUCUUAUUAAGACACUAAUAUUCAAGAACUUUUUAGUUUAUAACCACGACAAACUUCAAGCUAAGGAAUCUAAAAAGUACAGAUUUAAUUAUUUACUCAUUAAACUAUACAAACCGCUCAUAGAAGAGUUUGGGACUGAUUUUAAAUUGCAGUUGUUAUUUGAUAUUUUCAGUUCCUUAAAUGCAUAUAUACAUGAUGAUAUUCAAUCCUUGGAUAUGAAGCUCGGCUUCGAAUUCAAGCAUGGAGAUGAGAUAAAACAAAUUAAAGAAUGGGCUUCAUUCCUUAUUCUGGACCUCUUGUUGCUUCGCACUGUUACUUCAGAGAUAUACAAAUGUGAUUCAUAUGAGGUACUUGUCAACUUAAUGAUUAAUAAAAUUCAAAAAGUCGAUAUAAACUACCAGCUUGAAUUCAUGCAGGUACUACAAUCUUCGCUUGAAAAAUUGCAAGCAAACUCACAAAGUAAAAAGGAUUUGUGCUCUAAAGUAACCGCAUUAUACAAGCAAACAAAGAUUAAAUCUCUAGCGGCCCCACCAUCAUUGGAUGAUAUACUAAACGGUGCUAUAUCAGAGGAAUCAUCUGAAAGACCCUCAAAAAAGCAAAAGACCGCCACACAUAUUAAGCCUAUAUUCUUAUUUAAAGAGCAUUCGAGCUGGAACCCAGUACCGUUUGGUACGUCUUAA